AUGAAACAAGAUUCAAAAUGUUGUGUACUAGAAAAAAGCAUUGAUGCUCUGAGACUGUUGGAAGUCUAUGACCAUUUCAUGUAUGACAACAUCAAAAGUAUAAGGAGAGAGGAGUCUGUAAAAGUGUUAAGAAUAAGCUGGUUUGAGGUCACUCUCAGUGAUCUCUUUUUGAUUUCCCUAAUCCUUGUUGCUUUUUCAAAAUUCAUGAUGAACUUAGAGUACUGCUCAGAAGUAACUAGACAGUCUUGCCUUGAAACCAGAUCCUCUAGUUUUGCCAACUGUGGAUCAAGAAUCGAGGAUCAAGGAUUGAGUUUCAAGAGUCUGUCAAAUAUACUUUUUAGCAGUCCUGUAGUUGUCUAAAUCUGCACCUCUUCUGCUUAAAUCAGUUACAUACCUCUUCCUAGUUAAGCAGUUGUCAAGACAACUGCAGCACUGGUAAAAAGUAAGUCGAUCCGCCUCUUGAAACUCAACCUUUGACCGUUGAUUCUCAAUCUGUAAUGCUCAAUUGUUUUAAGGAUUGAGGAUCAAGUUUCGUGUUGAGGCUGUCAACUUACUUUUGAGUGGUACUAUACACCUGCCCAGGGUUUUUCAAAGCUAGGUUAAGAUAACCCAGGGUUAGUGUGAAAUUUUGAUUUUAGGUCUGAAAGCUUUAAAAGAAAAUUAAUUUUAAAUCUUUUUGCUUGCAAUUUGAUCAUUGGAUAUUUCAAAAAGAAUAGGGAAAAUUUUCCCUGAAAGGCUUUUGAACAGAGAAAUAAAAAAAACCUCGAUUAAAAAUUAACCCUGGGUCAUCACUAAUUGGCCUGCGAACAACUGGGCCCUGUAGUUUUCUGGAUCCCCCAUUGCCUAAAUAGGUUCCAUACCUCAUCCCAAUUAAGCAAGAAAGUUCCUUUUGUUAAAACACUUUCUUUGUCCAAUAUGGCUUUGUCUUGGCAUCUGAAUUUUAUUUGCUUAAGUCAAGAUCAUCUACAUGCAUUGUUGAUAAUUACAUGUUAUUGACCAGGCAGGAGGUCUGUAUGGGACAAAACUGUGCCAGAGGUCUUGAGUAUUAGCUGAGGUCUGUGCUUGAGACCAGGGACCUAGUCUUUUCCCUCUCUCAUCAACCUAGACUUGUAAAUAACUUCGUUUUUUAUGCUGGUUUGCUUUUUCUGCUCAAAUUUUGGAAGGGAAAAAAAGUUUUUCUAUGAGGGAGAAUUUUUAUUUUCAAUUGAUUUAUUCUAUUUUUAUUGAUGCAGAAAUAAAGCUAAUAUUGUUAUUUAUAAAUUAAAGUAAAUCAGAACUGAAGUCUUAAAAAAAUUUGUUUUAAGUUGGUUGCUUCAUAGAACAAAUGCCCAUGUAAACUCAUUGGCAUUGAAAAUGCAGAAAACUUUGAAUCCUUAUCAAUAAUUUUAGCAUGUCUAGUGGCUUACCACUCAUAUUUCAUCCUACUCUGGCAUUCACUGUACACUGAUUCUUAAUUAAUUUAUAGGCCAGAAAGAUGGCAAGUGCAAGUUCAUUGAAUGAUCCACCUCUUUUGGAAUAUAAUCUGCAUCAUGCUGGCAAAUAUUAGAAUUAAAUAUUAUAUUAUUAUUUGUAAACCAUUGAUGCAAUUGCACUUGGAGCAUUAAUAUCAAACAGGCAUUUAUGUGUGUGACUAUUUUGAUAGCCAUUGUUAAUGGUAGUGCCAUUGGUGUGCAAUGAAGGAAAAUAUUUGUGAUCAGCAAAGCUGUAUGUGCACUGCAUGCCAACCAACUGCCAACUGCAUAGGCUAGAGAAAAAAUCACCCAGGAAUGGCAGUUUUGAUGUUGAAUUUCAUUGACAAGAAAAUAAUUUUGUAGUAUUUGUAUUAAGGGACUUUUGUAGGAAAAUAUAAUGGUGUAAAGUUAUUUAUCGAGCCAGGUAGUUUCUGUGGCUUUUUAUGCUGUAAUGGAUCAAUGUCAGUAUCUGAUCAAUUGUUCACCUACCCCUCCCCUAACCCAACAAAAUGCAACUGAUAACUUAAGUUUAAGGAUAAUGUUGGGUUAGGGGAGGGGUGGGUGGGCAUUGCUCAGAUAAUGACAUUGAUCCACUAUAAUACUGUGAAUUCCUUGAAAAUUGGGGUAUUUGUUUAAUCUAUAAAAUGAAGGCAUUGAUAAAGUUGGGUAAAUAUUUUUGGAUUGGAUCCUAAUAUAUUUAGCAGUUAUCUUUUCAAUAUGUGACUGAAGUUGGAAACUGGCCAUGAUACAAAAUGCUGUAAUAAGCAACAGACUUUGAAUGAACUUUGUAAAGAGUUUUUGAGAUAAACUGCGUUGAAGACCUGCUAUUUCAGGAAAGCAGUAUAUAUUUUACUCAAUCCGUCCUUUGUAAUUUUUUAACAUCUGACCAUUGCCAUCACUGUUCAUUAUCAAGAAUAAAGUUUUUCAGAAUUUAUGUUGUGUAUGUAUGUAUGUAAUAAUGUAUCUGUAUACUUAAUGGACCAGUCCCUCAAUGGGGCUUUUCAGCGCCAAUACGAAUGAAUGAAUAAUUGAAAAAAAGUGUGUAAAAAUCCCAACCGGUAGGAGACAAACCAAUUGCCUCUGUACAAAGCGGCCAAGAAGUUGAACUUGAGGCGAACGAGAACUACAGCAGGGUAGAAGGCUUAGACCUGGGACCACCAACAACACCAGGGUCCUAA